GGCUGCAAACCGCGAAGAAGAAGAGAACGUGAAUCUUUUAAAAGUCGUUAUUUUUGUCUCAGACUUUAUUAUUUGCUUCUUUGGUUUUAUUAAAUAUCAGCAGCGACAUCUCACAGAACUCAGGUGGUUUUGGGAACCAACUUCAGCCCGGAUCCAUUUAACUGAGGGACGGGACCUGCGGCUCUUUCUAAUCCGGAAUUCAAACUCCUCUCGGCGGGACCAGCAUCGAGCAGGACUCGGUCCCACUUGUCCCACUUGUCCAACAUGGAGUUCGAUGACAGCGUGUUGACGCGGCGUGUGGACGGUGGUAAAGCGGGCGCAGAGGAGGCUCGAAACCGGCCACACAUGACUCUCCACUGCACACAGUGUAACACCGUGAUGGCGGAUUCCCUCAGCAUCUGCGGGGAGAUCACAUGCAUGAGCCUGAUCGUGUGUCUGCGAGCGACCUCUGACGUUGUCAUCAGUAAUACAAAGGAGUCCGGACAUAAAGGAGAAAUGGCAAAUUGCAUCUACAGUUCUCUGAAGUGUCGUGGCUGCCGCUCUUCUGUGGGCAAAGUUAUUCACUCGGCUCCGUCGCGUUGGGCCUCGAUUCGCUCGCUCUUCCUCCUCCACAGAACAUCACUUGGUGAGCACACGAGCUGAUUGACUUUCUGUGUA